AAAUUUAAAAUUUUUACUGAUGCGAACCAGCAGAGAGCAGAACCUACCAAAGAAAUAAAUUUUCCGCUAUUUUCCACCCCCUACAAUAAAUUAAGAACUAAGAAGAGGUGUAACUAAUUAACUAAGAAGAGUGUUUUCACUCAUUUUCUGAUUUGAAUCUAACCUUACAAAGGGUCAUGCUCCUGAGAGUUCAAACUUUUUAAAAGAUAAUAAAAGGUCCAGUUCAAUUAUACAAUAUUAUAUGAGAACCCAUCGGAAUUUCACAAAUUAUUUUUCUAUUCGGAACAUAAUGUCUCUCGUUGAGGUUUCCAGAUGCAAAUCCUUUGAAGGUACCCAAGUGGUGUUUUCCCACGAAUCUAAAACUCUAGGAUGUAUCAUGAAAUUUGGUAUAUAUUUGCCACCUCAACAUGAAGAGAACAAAUUACCAGUUAUUUAUUGGUUAUCUGGACUUACCUGUAGUGAAUCUAAUUUCAUUGAAAAAGCUGGUGCACAAAGAUAUGCAUCUGAACAUGGAGUUGUCAUUGUAAAUCCAGAUACUUCGCCAAGAGGAUUGAAUAUUUCUGGUGAUAAAGAUUCAUGGGAUUUUGGUGAAGGGGCUGGCUUCUAUGUGGAUGCAACUCAAGAACCAUGGAAAAAAAAUUAUAAUAUGUACAGCUAUGUUACUAAGGAACUCAGGGAUAUUAUCAACUCGAAUUUUAAUGUCCUGUAUGACAAACAAUCAAUUAUGGGACACAGUAUGGGUGGCCAUGGUGCUCUUAUUUGUGCACUGAAGAAUCCAGGUCUUUACAAAUCUGUUUCUGCUUUUUCCCCCAUUUGUAACCCGAGUAAAUGCCCAUGGGGAAUAAAGGCGUUUAGCGGUUAUUUGGGACCACAAGAAACUUCAGGUUGGGCUGAUUGGGAUGCAACAGAACUUUCAAGGGAAUAUAAGGGGCCGAUUCUUCCAAUCCUUAUUGAACAGGGUUCAUCUGACAAGUUUCUCAAGGAUGGCCAGCUCCUACCCGAGAACUUGGUGAAAAAUUGUGAAAAUAAAAAUAUUUCCAUAAGGUUCAACAACAGAGAAGGUUAUGAUCAUAGUUAUUUUUUCAUUUCAUCAUUUAUUGGGGAACAUAUUAAAUAUCAUAUGUCAUAUAUUCAAAGCUGAAAAAUUCUUAAGUUCAGAGAAAAACAAGAUGUGUAAAAAUGUGUUUAUUUGUUUCAAAAUGAUUAGUUUUGUUUGUCUGAACAUAUAUUAAAAACAAUUUUCUAUU